AUGCUCGACAACUAUGAUAGUUUUACCUACAAUCUUUAUCAAUACUUGACGAUAUCCGGUGCUAACAUCGUCGUCGCUCGUAACGAUAAGAUAACCGUCGCUGAAGUCGAAGCUUUACAUCCAAAGAACAUCGUUAUCAGCCCAGGACCGGGCCAUCCAACCACAGAUUCAGGAAUUAGUAGAGAACUUAUUAAGCAUUUCGCCGGAAAAGUUCCUAUUCUUGGUGUUUGCAUGGGUAUGCAGUGUAUGUUCGAUCUCUACGGCGGUCAAGUCAGUCACGCAGGUGAGAUUAUACACGGGAAGACCUCUGCAGUUAAACACGAUGGCAGAGGCUUGUUCAAAGGUGUACCACAAGAUAUAGAAUCAACAAGAUAUCACUCAUUAGCACCUGAGUUAACCUCAUUUCCACCUGAAUUAGCCCUCACCGCUUCUACAUCACUCUCAGGCGUCGUCAUGGGUCUCCGUCAUCGUGAAUACACAGUUGAAGGUGUUCAGUACCACCCAGAAUCAAUCCUUAGUGAAGGUGGUAGAAUGCUAUUAGAAAAUUUCCUUAAAUUGAAGGGUGGUACUUGGGCAGAAAACCCUGAAUUCGGUAUAGGCGAUGAACAACCACCAAAGGUAGAAGCUGAGAAGACUGUCAAUGGUGUCGGUGCUAUUGCUUCAUCCAACCAACAGAAAGAGAAGCUUCCAACUAUUCUCGAAAAGAUCAAACAGCAGCGUUUGCUAGACAUCCAAGAAUCAAUCAACACACCUGGAAAAUCUCACUUUAACAUCAACGAAUGUUUACAAUUGGAUUUGGCUCCGCCACAGAUCAACUUUAGUGAUAGAGUCAAAGCUAACAAAGCCAGACCUGCUGUUAUGGCGGAAAUCAAACGUGCUUCACCAUCUAAAGGUCUCAUAGCACCAAAUGCAAAUGCAGCAACUCAAGCUAAAUCUUACGCAUUAGCUGGUGCAUCUGUUAUCUCAGUUCUCACUGAACCAAAAUGGUUCAAGGGUAGUCUGGAAGAUAUGAGAAUGGCUAGAAAUGCAAUUGAUGGUUUGCCUAACAGACCUGCAAUUUUACGCAAAGAUUUCAUCUUGGAUAUUUACCAAAUUGAUGAAGCAAGAUUAUAUGGUGCUGACACUAUCUUGUUGAUUAUUGCCAUGUUGUCAAAAGAAAAGUUGAUAGAAUUGUUCGAAUAUGCUAGAUCAAGAGAUAUAGAACCAUUAGUCGAAGUUAACAACUCAGAGGAAAUGGAGUUGGCUAUUUCUAUCGGAUCAAAAGUUAUUGGUGUUAAUAAUAGAAACCUUCAUGACUUUAACGUCGAUAUGUCAACUACAUCUAGACUUGCUGACAUGGUCAAGGAUAGGGAUAUUUCAUUAUGCGCAUUAUCCGGUAUAACUGGCAGAAAGGAUGUUGAAGUAUAUAUCGAUCAAGGUGUAAAUGCAGUUUUGGUUGGUGAAUCAUUGAUGCGUUCUUCUGAUCCAGCUGCAUUCAUUAGAGAGUUAACCAACACUACGAAACCAGAAGUUAAAUACAAUGGACCACUUGUGAAGGUUUGCGGUAUCUCAACAAUUACGGAUGCUUUAGUAGCUAAAGAUUCUGGCGCUAAUUUAAUCGGAAUGAUUUUCGCAGAAGGUAGCAAGAGGAAAGUUACAAUUCAACAAGCAAGAGAUAUAUCAUUAGCAAUAAAGAACUCAACGGCUAGCGCAGUCAACUUCUUUGAAGGCAUACACGACAGUGAUGAUACUGACACCUGGUUUGAUUAUCAAGCCAAAUUGAUUGAAAGAGCAUCAAGAUUGAGACCACUUUUAGUUGGUGUUUUCCAAAACCAACCACUUGAAACCAUAUUAGAAGCUGUCCAGAGUGUACCACUUGAUGUCGUUCAAUUACACGGCAACGAGCCAACAGAAUGGACUAGAAUGAUACCAGUACCAACGAUUAAGGUUUUCCAUGUAUCCGGAAAGAACAGUGAGAUGCGCAAUCUCCGUCAAAGUGGUUAUCACAGUUUGAGUCUUUUGGAUACUGCAGUUGGUGAGACAGGCAUGAGUGGAGGUGCAGGCAAAGCAUUCGAUUGGGAAAUAGCCAAUCAAAUUAAUUCAUCCAGGCUUAAUGCUAUUCCGCUCAUAGUUGCAGGUGGAUUGACACCGGAUAACAUCCAAGAGGCUGUCAAAAAGUGCAAACCAUGGGCAGUUGACGUAAGCUCAGGUGUUGAGACACAAUCUAAGAAAGAUGUCGUAAAAAUUGUCGAAUUCGUCAAGAAAGCUAAAGAAGUCUUGUAA